AUGGCGGCCACAAAAGUCUUCAUUGUCACCGGCGCCAGCAAAGGCAUUGGCGCCGCCGUCGCCAACUACCUCCUCGGGCAGUCUCACAAGGUCGUGUUGGCCGCGCGCUCCGGCGACCUGCUGGAGUCGGUCAAAAAGUCUCAUCCGACCCAAGUGGAAUACAUUGCCGGCGACAUGACGAGUUCAGAUAUGGCGGGCAAGCUGACCAACCUUGCCGUCAAGGCCUUUGGCCGGCUUGAUGGCAUUGUCAUCAACCACGGCCUGCUGGAAGCCCAGACCAUUGACAAGUCUACGAUUGACGGCUGGAAGCGCGUCUACGAAAUCAACGUCUUCAGCUGCCUUGCCAUGGCCAAAGCUGGCAUUCCAGAGCUGCGCAAGACCAAGGGCUGCGUCGUGUGGCUGUCAUCCGGCGCCGCCAACAAGCCGUACAACGCAUGGGCCGCGUACGGGUCCUCCAAGGCCGCGGUGCAGUCAAUCUCGAAUCACCUCGCGGUGGAGGAACCGGACAUCACCAGCAUCACCGUGGCCCCUGGGAGAGUCAACACCGAUAUGCAGGCGGUGGUGAGGGCCUCAGGCAAGGACACCAUGAACAAGGCUCAGUACGACACAUUCGUCGACGCAUUCGAGCAGGGCAAGCUGCUGGAGCCGGAGCAGCCCGGGCAUGUCAUUGCCAAGUUUGUUGCAAACCCCAAGUCCGAACUUUCGGGGCAAUGUCUCAAUUGGAAUUCGCCCGAGUUGGAAGCUUAUCAAGGGUAG